AUGAGACGUACACAGGUCGGCCGACGCCCUUCUCGCGGCUGGCUUGGGCGAUCCGUUCCUCCGAGUCUUGCCGAGCUGCCGCGCUGUCCUGUGUGUGAAGCUUCAGUUCGCGACGGCCGACGUCCAGCUCUGCCUUCCGGCGCCCUGGUGUUCCCUCAGCCGCCCUGUCGCUUUCUUUCUCACUCCUCCUGCUACUGCGGCUUCUUCCCCACUCAGGAGCAACCAAACACUGACGGGAGAAACGAGCCGCAAGGCGGCAGUAGACACCCCGAAAACUGCAGCAGACGUCGGGCGUCUAGUCACACUGAAUUGAUAUCUGAAGUCAAAAGCGCGAGUGAACGUCUCUCUGUCAAGCAAAAAAUCAAUCGAAAGAAGAGAAGAGGGCAGCUGUGCGCCUUUCUUCUCCUUACGUGCGCGGUUCGUUUGAGUCUCGCAAGCAGCGCCUCCUCGCCAUCUGCCCCCUCUCCUCCGUUUUCCUCUCUCCUGGCCGCUCUGCCUAGCUCGGCGUCUGGCUGUCUGCUUUCGUCUUCAUCGGCCUUCUCACGCGCCCUCCCGUCACAGGCGCUGCGGGUCUCGCCUGGGCUUACUCCGCCUUCUUUUCCGCAGUUGUUUUUCUUUUUGUCGCCUUUUUCUCACCGUUUUCCUACGCCUCUCGCCCCCCCGCUCCCGCUUCGUGCAUCGUCUUUUUGGCGGUUUCUUCCUCCGCAUCUGAGCGUCCUGCCUCAGGGAAGUCGGUCCGCGCAGCGGCAGCCGCGCUCGCACAGUGGACCCCGACAAACGACGGGCGUUUUCUAUGCGUUUCUGUUCUCCUGUUCACCUCUGGCUUCCAGGAAGGCCGGGAUUGUGUCUCCGCUUGCCUUACCGUGCGCCGUGGAGUCUUUGCCGCGUUCCGCGUCUGCUCACUCGCUUGGUUUCGGCUCGCCGACGAUUUCGGCCGCCUCGCGCCGCCGGCCAUCGUCUCUCUCUUCCACAGGCUCUUCGCCGGCGACCCCUGACUUCCUUCCCGAGUACUUUCAUCACUACGUCGACUCCGACGCUGCCGACGGCGGGCAGACUGGGGCGGCGGGCGCCUCCGCGCGUUACCGCCCCGGUCUAACCGCAGAGAUGGAGCGCGCACUCGUCGGCUACGAGUUCGGCGUGCGCUUUAGUCGCCCCUCGGACGACAAUUAUGUGCCAGGCUACACGCAGUCGCGCAUCGCCGCCGCCACUAGACCGCACAAGAGUCUCCAAGCCUCCACCGUGGCCGACGCCCUCGGGCCCCGGCCGACCGCCGCCCCGCGCCCACCGCGCCCGAACGGCGCCGAGGCCCCGCUGGAGAGGCCCUCCGGAGACAGCGGCACUCCGCGCGACGGCGACGCGCAGCGGGAUGAGGGAGGUGAGCAGAAGGCAGCGGAGCCGCUGGGCGCAGCAGCCACGCUCACAUUUCAGCCGUCUUCGCCGUCGUCUUUCGGCGUGUUCGAGAGCUUCCCAUACGACGCGAAGGUGGCAGGGGCGCCUGCAGGCGAUGCCCACGAGUACGAGGUGGCUCGACGACGAGAGGAGGAAGAGCGGAAGCGGCGCGCGAAUGCGAAAGACGAAGGCUUCCAGGUCGAGCUCCAGACCAAACUCCUGCGUGAGGGCGUUCUCUCCAUCAUGGGUAGCGAGGAAGACCGCGAGAAGGGCCUCCGCUUCGGCCUGCGGCCCCGCGGCGAAGACGCUGCCAUGUUCAUCAAAAAGCAAGUCCCUGUCCACCGCCUCAAGCUCUUCCAGUGGGAUAACUUAGAGGUCGCGUCGGCAGGCGGGUACAUGCCGCCGCUUCACCUGUCUCUCGUGCGGGCGACGGAAGUCCUGCGCGCCUGCCAUCGCCUGUUCGGGCCCGAAGGGACGCCGCGGCACUUCACCGUGCCCGCGCCUUCGCGGAAGAUGUCGCUGCUGCGCGACGCUGAGACGGAGGCGGCGGCGCGCGCGCUGGCGAACGAGGGCGACGCUCACUCCGCGGAGCAGGCGCUUGAGAAGCGGCGAGACAUUCAGGAGCUGCGAGACACCGCCUGGGCGCCGCACCUGGUCGGCCUGCGCGUGCAUGAUCAGGAGGAGCUAUUGCGAGACCAUCGAGAGACCGUCGUCGAGGACUUGCCGGCCGCGGCGGAGGAGCUCCACAAAAUCGGCUUUCGCUGGGAGGCCCUAGAGGUCGAAGAAGACGAAGAGGAAGAGUUCAGCAUCUUCCUCGAGGCCUUCGCCUCGUAUAUAAGCGAGAAAACGAAGGCGUUUUCGGCUGACGACGGCGCUGGAGCUGAGGGUGCGCGGCCUCCGCUGCAGGCGGCAGAACUUCCGGGGGAGGAGGUCUCUGCGCCGGUCAGCAUCGACCCGCUUCGGCCUUCUCGCGGCCUCGCGCCAUCCUUUCAGCCCUUCCGCGCGCCGCCGGCGCUCCCCGCGCGCCAGCCGCCGUCGCUGUUGCCGCAGCGUUUUUUCAAAAUUCCUGCGGAACCCAGAUACCCCGAAUACCUCUGGGGCUACCCGCUCGGCGCGGUGAUCUCCGAGCUGAAAAAAGGCCGGAAAUUCCUCGGGAAAGUCCCCCAAGCCCUAAAGCUUCUUCGCGCCGUCGAGUUCCCCAUCCAGACCAUCGAAGGCGUUGAGCGAUUCAUCAACGAAAACGCUGCGAGCAGAGACGAUGCAGCCGGCGCCAACCAAGAGGCAGACGACAGAGAUUCAGGCCCGCUGGCGGACGUGUUUGGCGACGACGAAGGCUUCGUUGAGCCGCUGAGCAGCGACACGCGGCUCAAGGACGGAGAGGAACUGGAGAGAGAUCGCGAAGGCCUCUUCGGAGGCCCUGAGGGAGAGGGCGCCUCGGGAGAGGAAAGCGGGGAGGCGCGCGACCGCGAGCAGGUCUGCGGCGGCCAGGGAAGUCAGGCUGGGGAAACCGCGAAGCGUGCGGGAGAGACGGACGCGAAGGCGGCGUACGUGAGAGACAUGGACGUGCGAGAGCUUCGCAAUCUCCUCGCCGACGCCGUGAACUUCGAGGAGGCGACCGAGGCGCGCCUGGCGGCUGCGGGCAGGCCCGACGCUCCGCCGGCCGCUGACCAGCCGCGCGAGCAGGCGUUCCCGGUGUCUCCGUACUAUCACUUGAUCGUCCCGGCGGAGUUUCCUCUGCCGGUGCCCCUCCGGCGCCCGACGCCUCGGCGAGGGCUGCGGUGGCAGUUGCAGGCGCUCCAGCAGCGUCUCCUCGCAGAAGAGGAAGGCGAGAAAAAAUCGGCGACUGUUCAGGGCGAAGGCGCCGCUGCCGACGCCGCGUCAAACCACGGGAAAGGGAAGAAGAAGCGAAGAGGGAAGAAGCGGGAGGAGGCCGCGACGGAGGCCUCGAAACGAGACGCGAACGGCGCUUCUCCGGAGAAGGAGACGAAAGCCGACCAGAGCGACGGAGCGAAGCCUUUCCUUGGAAAUUGCGCGCUGCGCUAUCCUCAUGCACUCUUUUCGCGACGAAGGACGGAAGGCGGGUUUCACUACGCCUUCGAUAAGUGGAGCUUCGACGAUGUGGUUGAGGCGAUGCAAUAUUUCAACGACCUGUACGAGGGCGUUCAUCGUGAAAUUGGCGCUGAGGAGGCGCUCACCUUCAACGUGUUGCCGCGCGGCUGGUGCAUUCCAUCGCCGGAUCACCGCACGUUCCCGAAGCUCGUCUCGCCAUUCGCGGCUGCGGCCGCGCCGCCUCCGACCGCCGCGUCAGUGCCUGACGUCCCUGAGUCCCUCUGGCCUGAGGAGUGGAGAGGGAUGCCCCUGGGCAAAUACCUCCACGGCUUCCGCGUCGGAGACAUCGAUGCAAAGUUCCACCCCCGCAGACGCCCGCUGCUCGACCGCCUCGGCCUCGACUGGGGUCCGCCGCUCCAGUACCUCCACUUCACCUGGAUGAAACUCCUCAAAGGCAUGCGCUGGUGGAUGUUGUUCCGCGGCCAGCCACUCGAGCAGUUGUUUCCCUGGACUGAGAUCCCGGAGUGGACUUUUGUGGCGAAUAUCUGCAAGCCUGAAGAAGUGCAGGGCCUGAAGCUCGGCUACCUCGUGCACAUGGCCAACCGCCAGGAGAACAUUUUGCAUCACUACUACCCGCACCGCUUCGAGAUCUACAAGCGGCUCAACCUCUGCGUCCUUCCAGCGGACCGGCUUCUGCUGGACUUCCCCUUCAAGGUUCAAAAAGAAAACCUGCCUGAGCAGGGCGCGCUCGGCUACCUCAUUCCGCAUGUGCCCCCCGAACAGAGAGAGGACGUCUAG